GUCAUUGAAAAUAAGAAUUUGUUCUUGACUGACUUGCCUAGUUAAAUAAAGGUGCUAUUUGGACUUGCUAAUUGGUUGUAGUUAUGUGUUGGUUAUACACACGGGAAAGCACGACAUUUAUUAAAAAAUAAAUCCAUACUCAGCUUCAGUGAAACAUGACCGUUUAAGCCAUAAGUAAGUCGUUCCUGUCAGAGUUCCUAGUAUCUACCAGCACAUGAACGCGGCAUAACGAUGUUAUUUUGUUUUAUAAGUCGUGCCUUCCCAGAAACCAAUGAUUUAAUUUACAGACUGAACAACAACCGUACUGUACACCGUCGCAGAGUGGUGUUGCAGACUCUGGGGCCUUUCAGAACAGGUGAUGAGGUAUGCUAUCUUCGAGUGGUCGAAGGGGAAGGAGGAGGCCUGCAGCUCGAUGAUAAGAGAACACUGUGCGAGAAAUACCCGACAGGUUCCAGACUCUCCAACGAAGCAUUCCAGGGGAGGUAAGUUGGGUUCUUGGGAAACCGGAGUGGCCAGGGAGGCCGCGUUGCUAACAGCCGGGUUACUGAGGGGCUGGGAGGUUACAGUUGUGGUAGUCUGCCUGACAGACAAGCUGUGGAAUUGCUCCAGCAAUGUGUUCAACGCACCAUCAUGGCAUUCGGCUAAGGUAUGGAACCCACAAAGAAACUCCAUGUACCUUCCAAUGGUGGCUCCUUGGGAGGAGACUGUGUUACGGCGCUGGUCUGAGUCUGCAGGGUCCAUCAUGGCCAGUUUGUACUGUCAAGACUCAGGAGAUGACCCAGAUGCAGACAGUUUCGAAGUAACAACAGUUUAUUUCAAAAGCAAGAGGGUAGGCCAAUGACAGGUCAAGGGCAGGCAAAGGUCAGUAAUCCAGGGUGGUGUGACAAAGUACAGAAUGGCAGGUAGGCUCAGAGUCAGGAAUACUAGAAAACGGGAACUAGAGAAAGACGGGAGCAUGGGUAAAAUGCUGGUAGGCUUGACGAAACAAAACAACAGACAAACAGAGAACACCGGUAUAAAUACACUUGGAUAAUGGGGAAGAUGGCUGACACCUGGAGGGGGGUGGAGACAAGCACCAAGACAGGUGAAACAGAUCAGGGUGUGACACCUCCUACUGCCAAAAGGACUAAGAGCAUGUACAACGGGUAGAGUAAUAGCAUUCAAAUUCAAGCUUGUAGGAGACUAUUGCCUCUUUUUUAGGGCGACUUUGGUCAGACUAAUAAUCAAUUUGAUUAGCGAUCUGAUAUUUGGACAAUUCAUGGAGCAAUUUUUUGUCCGUUUCUUGUAAACUAGAAAAUGUGAUAUAGGCUUGUCUCGUGUUGAAAGAAACCAAGUAACAAUUUAAAAUAUGUACCUUUUUUAUGAAAUAAUUAUUUUGUGUCACUGUAAACCCAAUCUGUUAUGAUAAGCUUUUAUUCACUCCAUAUCACCAGCUCCUGUGGUGCCUUUAUCACUUUAAGUUUAAUUGCACAAAAAAAGUUGAGGGACUUUUAUGACACAAACAAUCAAAAGUUCUUAUGUGUGUCCUUGCCAGUGUUUCUAUAGGUCAGCAUCAUGACAGGCCAGACAGUAUCCAUGAAGGAACCAGUAUGUCUGAUAGAGAACGACAGUGAUGGGAAGCUGCGUGUGGUCCGCAGUGCACUGGGCAUCCUGGACCAGAUUGACCAGCAUGUGGUAGUGGUGUCGGUGGUCGGUCUGUACCGCACCGGCAAGUCCUACCUCAUGAACAAGCUGGCUGGCGAGAAAAAAGGUUUUGCCCUGGGAGCCACCAUCCAGUCCAAAACUAAGGGCAUCUGGAUGUGGUGUGUGCCUCACCCUGAAAAAAGAGACCACACCCUGGUGCUGCUGGAUACAGAGGGGCUGGGGGACGUGGAGAAGGGUGAUGAGAAGAAUGACAACUGGAUCUUUUCCCUGGCUGUCCUACUCAGCAGUACUCUGGUGUACAACAGCAUGGGAACCAUCGACAACAAUGCCCUAGAGAAACUACACUAUGUGACAGAACUGACAGAGCACAUCAAGGUGAAGUCCAACCAGCGAGACGGGGAGGAAUCUUCAGAGUACCUGCGUUACUUUCCUUCCUUUGUGUGGACAGUCAGAGAUUUCACCCUGACCCUGGAGGUUGAUGGGAGACCCAUCACAGCCGAUGAGUACCUGGAGAACGCUCUUAAACUGAGAACAGGUCAUAGUAAGAAAGAUCAGGCAUACAAUCUGCCUCGUAGCUGCCUGCGGAACUAUUUCUCUCCUCGCUGGUGCUUUGUGUUUGAGAGGCCAGCCAGCGGAGACAAAAUGAGACGUAUGGAGGAGCUGACCGACGCUGACCUGGAGCCUGCCUUUGUGGAGCAAGCCAAGGAGUUCUGUGACCACGUCUUCAAUGAGGCCAAGACCAAGACCCUGAAACAGGGCCUGAAAGUUACCGGCAGACUGCUGGGGAACCUGGCAGAGACAUAUGUGUCUGCCAUCCGGAGCGGGCAGAUCCCCUGCCUGGACAAUGCUGUGUUGGCGCUGGCCCAAAUUGAGAACUCCGGUGCCAUCGAGAGGGCCAGGGCCCACUACCAGAAGGGCAUGGCUGACUGGGUGGCCUACCCCACAGAGACUCAAGAGGAGCUGUCUGAAGUGCAUGCUGUCAUGGAGAAGGAGGCUGUGGCUAUAUUCAUCAACAACUCCUUCAAAGACGAGGACCAGAAGUACCAGUUGGAGCUCAUGAAAGUGGUUCAAGAGGAGUAUGAGAAGAUCUGUGAGAGGAACUACAAGGAGUCCCAGAAGGCAUGCGAGUCCAAAAUCCAAUGCAUCUUUGCCCCCCUGGAGGAGAAAAUAAGGGAUGGCUCCUACAUGACCCCUGGAGGAUACAAAGAGUACUGCAACGACCUGAAACUGGCCACCAGCGAAUACAGAUCUGAGGGAGGAAGGGGAGUGAAGGCUGAAGAGGUACUGAAGGAGUACUUGGGAAGGAAGGCCAGCAUUGGUGAGGCCAUCCUGUCAGCAGACCACUCCCUCACUGAAGCUGAGCAGAGAGCCGAAGCGGAGCAAGCAAAAAGGGAGGCAUCUGAGCGGGAGAAUCGAGCCAUGGAGGAGCAGCUGGUUGUCCAGGAGAGGUUGAGAGCGGACCAGCAAAGGACGUAUGACGAGAAUGUGAAUCAGCUGAUGGAGAGGAUGGAGAGAGACAGCAGAAAUGCCGUAGCAGAGCACGAUAGAGUUCUGCAGGCCAGACUCAAGGAGCAGAAUGACCUUCUCCGGCAAGGGUUUGAUGACAGAGCACACCAAAUGCAAAGAGAGAUAGAUGCCCUUAAGGGUGCGAAGGCACAAGAGGAAGAGAAAAAACCCUCAUUUAUGAGCACAGCUCUGGAUACUGUUGGGACUGCAGCUGCCUUGUUCCUACCAGGAAUACUUCCAAAAGUAGGAGGAAUGGUUGUAAAAUGGCUGUCUAAGUUGUUCUGAUGUAGGUUCCCGAGGAGGAUGACAAGCUAUUAUUUUUAUAGACGUGGAUUGAUUGAAUCUGUAUUUAUUGAUAGUUGAUUCAUGGAUUUAGGUUAAGCACUCAGUUAAGGUUUUAGUUUAUUUUUUUAAUACAUAUUUUGAAUGCCUAAUUAUGAUAAACUAAUGUUUUUAGAAAACACACUUAAAUGGUUUUGCACGGGUGUUUUUUAAAUGUUACUAUUACCAAAUAGGCCUAAUUUUUAACACUGAUGAUGUUUAUAUGCACACCAAUAUCCCGUUAUUAUUCGGGAUACUCAAUUAUUCUAUUCUUGAGUUGACUCAUAUAAACGUCAUAUCCCAUUUACAAUAACCCGGAAAAUCUUGACGUAUACUGCGUCGUAACUGUUGCUCAUUUAAUGAUUAAAGGUUUUUAAUUGCG